AUGACGUUACAACAUCAGUUUAUGAAAGAAAGAAUUUCAUGGAUUUUUAGUGUUUUUCAAAAACGGGAGCAGAGCUCAACUGACGAAAAAUACGCGUCGGAGAAUGUUAUGGCAUCAAUAACAGUUUUCAAUGUUAUUGGCAUAAUUGAAUCAAAAUUGAUUUUCAUUUUAUUUCGCUGCCAAUUUCAACGACGAGGUGAUUCGUCAAUGGCAACAUCUGACUUGAGAAUUGUUUUAGGCUUUGAACUUGAUUUCAAAGUUGAGAACAAAACUUUUCUUUCUCUGUCCAUUUCUGACCCUCACAACUCAAAAGAUACAAAUUGUUUUUCUCAAGAGCUGUCAAGUAGUGGGCGUAGACUUUACCAUUAA